AGGGGGGGAGAGAAGCGAUCGCGAGAAAAAAAAAAUGCAACCUCCCAAAAUAAAGAGCAAAGAUUGCAUUAGGAGCGAACAGCGCUGCAGAAAUAGAUGGCAGCUUCGUGUCAGUGAGUUUGCAUCCCCCUUCCUGAUCCACGAGCUGGAGUGAUUAGAGCCCUGGAAGGGAAUUGUUACUCCCGUGGAGAAGUCCCCUUUUCCUGGCAGCCGUCUGCACUGUACACGCUGGAUGCCUCUUUCCAUCCGCCCCACUCAGUCUCUCCUUUCUCACCUCCUCUCUCCCUCUCUCCUGCAUUGAUUUUUUUUUUUUUUCCUUUUUAGUUGACUGAAACAAAACAAAACAAAAGGGCCACUGGAUGUCUGCCUUCUUGGGGGGUGAGCCAGACAGACUGACAAACAAACAGACCCAACUGUGUUCGGGGGAGGGUUUCUCCUCCCGUUUUGCCCGGCAGCAGCAGCAUGGACGUGUUGGCUAGUUAUAGUAUAUUCCAGGAGCUACAACUUGUCCACGACACCGGCUACUUCUCAGCUUUGCCAUCCCUGGAGGAGACCUGGCAGCAGACAUGCCUUGAAUUGGAACGCUACCUGCAGACGGAGCCCAGGAGGAUCUCGGAGACCUUCGGUGAGGACCUGGACUGUUUCCUCCACGCCUCUCCUCCCCCGUGCAUCGAGGAAAGCUUCCGGCGCUUAGACCCCCUGCUGCUCCCCGUGGAAGCCACCAUCUGCGAGAAGAGCUCGGCAGUGGACAUUUUGCUCUCUCGGGACAAGUUGCUAUCUGAGACCUGCCUCAGCCUCCAGCCAACCAGCUCUUCUCUCGACAGCUACACGGCCGUCAACCAGGCCCAGCUCAACGCAGUGACCUCAUUAACGCCCCCGUCGUCCCCUGAGCUCAGCCGCCAUCUGGUCAAAACCUCACAGACUCUCUCAGCCGUGGAUGGCACAGUGACGUUGAAACUGGUGGCCAAGAAGGCUGCGCUCAGCUCAGUGAAGGUGGGAGGGGUGGCAACAGCAGCGGCAGCCGUGGCGGCAGCUGGGACAGUUAAGAGUGGACAGAGCGACAGCGAACAAGGAGGGGUAGGGGCUGAGGCAUGCCCCGAAAACAAGAAGAGGGUUCACCGCUGUCAGUUUAACGGGUGCCGGAAAGUUUAUACAAAAAGCUCCCACUUAAAGGCCCACCAGAGGACUCACACAGGUAGUGAGAAGCCUUAUAAGUGCUCAUGGGAAGGGUGUGAGUGGCGUUUUGCACGAAGCGAUGAGCUCACAAGGCACUACAGGAAACACACAGGUGCAAAGCCCUUUAAAUGCAACCACUGCGACAGGUGUUUUUCCAGGUCUGACCAUCUUGCCCUCCAUAUGAAGAGACAUAUCUAAGAAAGCUAAAGGCCAGAGUUGCCAUGGCAUCGGCCAUUGUCUGAAGGAAAUGCCGCGAGGCGGGGCUGGACUUCGAGCGGGGACCCAUUGCCUCGCAGGAGAAAGUUCUCACUGAUAAACCUCUGUGUACACACACGCACACAUGCGCACACACACACACAGUCAUGCACUCAGCUAUAUUUAAAAUAUAUACGUCUAUUCUUUAUGCCUUGCCCUAGCCAGAUGGUCGAAGAUGAAGAAGAAGGGAACCCGGUGAACUCAGCAAGGCAGUCUGGCUGCUUACUUCAGCACUAUUGGAAUUAUUUCCCGCUGUUGCCAAUGGAAAUCAAAGAAAAUGGCUGUGACGUCUCUGCAGGUGGACGGCAGUAAGAGGGGCUCAUUUAACUUGCUUCUCAGUGCAACUUGAUAGGAGAAUACAACGUCUUAAAGUUGCAUAUGUGUAGCACUAAUGUUUCUUUUUAAAUAGUUGGGGGAAAAUGACCUAGAAAACCAAAUUGCAGUUUGGUAGCCAAAAUUAACUCUUGGUUUAUUUGUCCUUUGUGUGUGAAAAGUCCUACUAUUCCGUGCGUCCGACUUCCUCACAGAACUGUUGAUCAGUUUUGGUUCUUCUUAGUACUAUUGAGAUCUUUCCAGUCGAUACCAACGGCCUUAGCGGCGGCAGACUCUGGAAUAACACCUUACACCUUUCUGGCCUGCAUUUCUCUAGACUUCACUCUCCAGGGAGGAGUUUUCUUUUCUUACUUUUUGACUCUUGCACACCAUAUGCACUAGGGAUUCUGGAAACUUCUAGCAUGACUGCAAAGUGGCCAAGAGAAUAAAGUCCUUGAUGAUAAAUCACAGUAUAUCCCUUGAGCCUCACCUUAUUGCCAGUGCUAGAUUUUUUCUUUUUAAUCUCUCUUUUUUGCUAACGAAAACUUGAAAAGCUUAUUUGGAAGCUUAAAUGUUUUACCUUUUCUCCAUGGACUAAACCUCUCCAGGACUCUCUCUCUCUCUCUCUCGGCACCUGGAUGUCCAGCUCUCGAAGCAGCCAAUCAGAUGGGACAUCACACUUUUCUCAUCCCCCUUGAGGCAUCAUGACCUCAGCCUAUAGUGAUCGACCCCGUGCUAUGUGUCAUUGCUACCCAGUAACCAGUUUCAGCAUAGAUGUCGCUACUCUCAAAGGGCAGCUGCAUAUUUAACUCACUCUGGGUUAUGACCUGACAAAAAGCCAAAAAUACCACUCUGUCCAGGAGUGAGGAAAACGGAGGUUGCCUCCCAAGUCUGGUGGCUUCAAAAACCAUCACCCUCUCUUCCUCUCUCAUACCCACCGAGUCAUAUCACCCCACUUGUUAAAACUCACCAUUCAGAAUGCUGUUGUGGGAAUGAAGGGUGGACAUUUAACGAAAGGGUUGAGAUGUUUCUCUCAUGGUCCGUCUAAAAGGAGAGACACGUUUCUGAGUUUUUUUUUUUUUUUUUUUUUUUUUUUUUUUUUUUUUUUUUUUUUUUUGGCUAGGCCCACCAUGGCUUGUGACCUAGAGCACCCGGGAUCAAGAGAGGCCUCACACUUACUCUGCAAGCUGACUUCGAGGGGUUACAUGCCUCACUUUCCAUCCCCCCCCACACACAUCCAAUAUCGGUCUCCAUCUACCCGCAUUCUUAGCUAGCUGGCACUGGCCUCAACUCCAAAGACUGCCUUCAGGACCAUUAAAUGGCCUAUGCAAGCAAGCGGGGUGGUUAUUAGGGCAGAUUGUAUAUUUUGUAUAUUCUGGGACCAUCCCUUCAAGACACGUCUAACAAAACAAAAAUGGCAUUUGGUCCGCCCAUGGUUGCUGCUCCUUCCUACCAGCUGGCUCCCCUCCUGCCCUCCUUUGACUGUUUGAUUCAUUGACUGUUAAAAUGCCAACCCAUACCUAUUUGGGAUGCAAAACUGAAGUCUUUAAAAGGAAAUAAUGUAAGAAACAGAUACAUUUAUGACAGCAACCUUCAAGAUCCUUGGCAUUUGGUUUCUCAGCUUUCUACAAACUUUGAUUUCACUGAAAUGUUGAAACUACUCGUCUGAGGGUAAAGGAGCCUCCUUAUCACAAAUGCUGUAGCUGCCAAUUGGACACUUGGGGCAUUCUGAGGUCUGGCCCUUAAAGUUUUCUUUCUCUUUUUCUUUUUUUCAAUUUAGACCAAAAAAAAAAAAAAAAAAACAAAAAACAAACAAACAAAAAAAAAACAAAAAAACUCCACAAAAAACAACAAAAAAAGAAAACCACCCUAAACACACACACACACACACACACACACACACACAAAAUCUGCCCAUUUGCCAGAGGCAAUUAUGUAUAUGUUAGUUGGAGGGUAUUUAAAAAAAAAAUCAGUUUUAUUCCAAAGAUUUAAAACUAGACAUGACUUAGAAACCAUUUCUGGAGCACUGCUUGCUGACAAUCUCGUAGUUCUCGACUGCAUUUGAGUGCAUUUGUAGCCAGUCCAUCAGGGCAUACCAUGGGAUUAUAUUUGAAUGUGUGGUACAUCCUUUCUCCAUGAAGGAUGUGUGAGGGACCUUGAACCUCAGCUGUAUUAAACUGUAGCGCCUCCAGUCAGUGCACUAGAUGAUACUUUAGAUACCCCAGAUUGUGUUGGUUCCUUGGUUUCCCUUUCUAGAGCAGCCUCCAGCAUGACUGCACGCACACACCAGUGAUGGCAUUAGCCGUGGCUGCCAUGAUUUUACAAACGUUCUCUCCCCAGCUGGAGCUGCUCUUGCCUCUCGAAAUGCUAUUAUUAAGGGUUUAUGAUACUUAAUUUAAUUUUUGAACUGACCAAUGCAAGGCUCUAUUAAAAAGAAAGUUUUAAAAAAAAUGCAAAAGAGUAAUCAUUGCUUGUUCACUCCCCGUUGUCAUCUGCGGUCUUGAAAAGAUCUCAUUUGAAUGUGGCAGAACAAAGGCCCUUUGGUCUUCAUCAGUGUUUGAAAUGUUCAGCAAUUCCUCUCUCUUUUGUAUGAGCGAGGUCCUUUGUAAUCUGCUCCUGACCUUUCUCCGAGCAGGAUGCACUGAACCACGAUGGUGCAGCUUGCUUGCUUCAGGCAUCUGUUGACUGUGAGAACUGGCCUGAGAAUCUGGUGGGUGCUAAGCGUAUGGCUUUGAAACUGUUCUUCUCUAGCCGGUUUGACACCUCUGAAUGAUUACCAGUCUGGUCUGUGGGGGGUGGAGGGGAGCGGUAGCCGCAGUCAUUUUGGAUACAGAUUUGUGAUAAAGAACCCAUCAUCUCUGAAAUGGCAGAGGUGGUUGGAAAGCGUGCUGGAGUGAACGGGCUUUCCAAGAAAAACCCGAAGCUAGUCUUCUUCCAAGAGGACAGGUUAUUUAGAACAGUGCUUUAAUGGACAUUUGAAACACAGGAAACCACUUUCUCAUUUAAAUUGUUACCUCCCAACCUUCCAGGGGAUCUCAAAUUUGAAAGGAAAAACCCGGCAUGGUGUUUCUUUAGUUGUCCUCUCAAGCACGCUUUAUCCAGGGUUCAGAGUUUAAAGUAUAGAAAAAGAGUGUUUCUAAGCCAUUGACAAUUUUGUUUCAAUUUGUGCUUCUUUCUCCUACCACAUGGCUGUAAGUCAAAGAUGUGGAAACCUGAAAUUAUAAUGCUGCUCCUAGCUACUGGCUUCCUGCCCCACUGGUGGUUAAUUGGCCCAGCGUAAUGCCUGGUGGUGAUGAGUAUUACGUCCAGAAAAAGAGAUGUUUGGAUUCCAUGACAAAGCUGCAUUUUAUAAAAAUAUCAGAGACCCCCAAAUGAACUUCAUGCUGGCCAUUUCCUCUCCUCUCUGUGCUCUCCUUUGCAAAGCCCUUCAGUCUCCCCUCUCCUCCCCACCUCCACCUCCUGUGCCCUUUCUACAUCUUUGAUUGCCUGCUUAUAACAGGGUAAAAAAGACAGCCAACCUCAUGCAUGAUGAGCAGAACUAGUUCCCUUUAAAAAAAACAAACAAACAAAAACCUUCUUUGAAUCUAGAGGCCAGAGAAGGUUUUUGGUUUUUUUUUUUUCUCCUAGGGACUUCAGUUUGGGAUAAGCUUCCAGAUUAGCCAUGUCUACUUGCAUCAAAGGGGAAAUAAAUGGGACUUUCAGGGUGGCUCAGCCAGUGCAUUCAGAACUUAUGCCUGUAGCCCCGACUCCUGAAUUCUAUGGCAAAGACAAAAGAAUUGAACUCAAAUGGCAAGAACGACAAAAUUUAAUGAUUAAUUUUAUUGGUUCACAAUGGUUUCCUCUGUGGAAGUCACUUCGUAAAAUAUAAAGUAUAGUGCAAGAUACUUUUGGCUUCUCUUGCACGAAUUGGUUUCAGGAGAAGGAAGAAGCUUGGGAAAGUCAAGAGAUGCAAUGUAUCUAACUACAAAAGUCAAAUUAAUUGUUUCUUUUCUAAAAAAUCUGAGGAGGGCCAGCUUUUCUGGCCGCCAUUUUGCACCCAGAUCUUUGCCAAAGUGAAAAGUCAUUAAGUAGAACCUGGUUGAAAUCUACUCGCGGAAGCGUUCUUUCCCUGGCAUCUUCCGGAAGUGGCCGAGGACAAGUGUGGGGAGGGAGGAGGAGGAGGGAAUUUGCAUUCCGGGUCUGGAUGAUGGUAAACAUGGUGAUAUUUCCCUUUGGAAACUAGAGGGGCUGGCUGGCCUGAGUAUACAUCAAUGCCUCUUUGAUGGCCUACUUUCCUCAGUGAGGAUCUUUGGGAAUACUUGAGUUGGAACAACAAAAAUGUGUCAAAGGAAGCAAAAACUGUUUGUAAAUGUGAGAUCCCAUGACUAACUGCCUGAGGCUUUAGGAUUUUCUCUCGCCUUUAACCCUCUCUUAAAUCUCCUCUGUGGGUUCCUAAUAGAUCCCGGAAAAGGGACAAAUAAAGCUGCAAUUAACUCUCUCACGUGCACCCUUCCAAUAUAGUACUGUAUUCUUCAGGUGUCUUGCAUGUACGUACAAGUCCUCGGAAAACAGGUAAAAAGAAAAUGGAGAGAGAAAUCCUAGGCCGUCGCUUCACAAAUAUCCCAAACGAGAUGACUCUUUUCAAACAGGGCUCCCUCUCAGCAGUCAUGAGGGAAGGUUGAUACGUUCUUUGUUGGGGACUGUUUAUACAAUUUUUUUCAACUGUGAGCUUUGGAAUCGUAAACUGCUUUGACUCCAGCUUCUGUCUACUGCCAUAAAAUGGAUCCCACGUCAGAAUAAUGAGGGUGGUAUGAGUGCACACAGCUGGACACGUGUGCACCUGUACCUAAUGUACCUUCGCAGAAGGAAAACACUUAGGCUACUGACGUUUACGAGGAGUAGCCACCAGUGCCUACUAUCUUUUGGGGGGGAUGGAUGCUUAUAAUUGCCAGUAUAUUGAAAACACACUGGGAGUUCCACAUAGAGGGGAGGGGCUGAGGGUGGGGAGAGGGGACAUUUUAAUCCUAGGCCUUUGGGCCCGGGGCAGAAUGAUUUCUGCAAAUCUAGGUCCUGAAAGGCUUUGGGGCUCAUUGGCUAGUUCUCAACCUUUUUUGCUUUUUGUUUUUCUCAGCAUGCAUUUUCUACCUAACCCCAGACUUGGUUGCAUUUCUUUGUCUUUCACUUCUGCUUCAUUCCAGGGAGGAAAAAUACACCUGUUAUGGCCAAGAUCUCCUUGCUAACACAGAGGCAAAAAUAAAUGUUUAAUGUUUUUGAAGCCUCCCCCUUCCUUUCCAUAAGCCCCCCACCCCAGACUCCUUCUCUCUUGUCGCCCCCUUCCUCCUCCCACCACAUAACUUCCCAGCCACCACUUUUCUUUCCAAUCUCUAUGACCCUCUUAAAAGUUGCUCGAAGACCUUUGUUUUUGCACUAUACAUUUCCUUUUUGCCAGAUGUGUCUAACAAGUGUGUUUGGAGAGACCUACUCCCAGCCCCCUCCCCUCCCCCACCUCCCUCGGUCACAUGCUCUCAGGCCUUCUCUGGUAUUUAUAAUAUAUCACAGAAGUACCCAGUCUUAUAGCCCUCGGUUAUGCCUUUUUUUGACAUUUUAUUUUUUUUAAGCUUUUUAUAUAUAUAUAUAUAAAUAUAUUACUUUGUCAAGUUUUUUUGCUGUACAAAAGUCUUAAGAUUUAAAACUAUUAUUUGUAUUAUAUGAUGGUGGUAUGUUAAUGUUACAAAAUUAUUAAUGAAGAAAAAAUUUAUUUUUGUUACUGGUCUGUUUCAUAAUUCUUUUUUAAAUUGGUAUAUUGUAAGAUAUCUAUGCAAAAAAUGUUAUGUGACGCAUUUUUAUUUAAGAAUGUAAUAUGUGUAAUAAACAGUAGAAUGUGUUUGG